GGCGAGGAAACACUAAAAGACCAGAAUGCUCAUACGCCACGUCACCAUUGUGCUUGUCCUGGCCUUUCUUUCCGAGAACGUGCCUGCCGCAGAUGGUCAAGAAAAUGACCAGAAGACCGUACUCGCUGCUGAUCCAUUUCAGUCCGAGUCAGGGAUUCACCCACCAGCCCAGCCCCACCACCUGGUGUUCCAAGAACGUUCUGGACGCAACAGGCGUUUCCUGGACUUUCUGUUCGGCCGAAGGCGACGCACCGAGGCCACAAGCACAGAGAGCGAGCCGUGUACCCAGAACGGCGUGGAUGGUUGUAGCGUACCGCUCGUGAUUCCAGCCUUCUUCAGGGGCCGAUUCACGCCCGCGUGCAACCGGCACGAUGUCUGUUAUGGAUGUGGUGCCAUGUACAGCCAGACGAGACACCAUUGUGACGUAGGCUUCCUAAACGACAUGAAAGCCCAGUGUCGCCAGCAUUACCUUCUCCCACAAGACUCAGGCUCGACUCGCACCCACAAGACCUUAGUUCUGAGAAUCUUAAACCAGUAUUAUCCCCAAUUCCAAGAAAUCUAUGGCCGUGAUACUUCUUACGUCCUCCGUCGAAUUCCUUUUCUGAGUCGAAGUCGUUGUCUGCGUACUGUGGGAAGGGUUAUAGUCCUGAAGCACUGGAUCAUCAAACUGAACGAGCUGCUGAGGCGGGAAUCUGAGGGUUUGCCUGCUGCUGCUGCUGACGACGCGGACGAAGACGGAAGUGCCGAAAACUAUGACCGGAUAAGUCUGCUCAGCUUGGCCCGGGCAGCGCUGUCGGCCUUCCGUCAGGUGACAUCCGGUGUCACAGAUGUGGGGGUGAAUGCUUGCAAUGCCUUCUUCGGAACCUUAGGGAUCCCAGUUUUGAAGCGAGUCUUUAUCCAGUGCGAUGACGUGCAACUGUUGACGUGUCAUUUUUUUGCUUUCAGUUACUACUCCGCUGUUAGCGUCUUUGGUGAGUCUCGUUACAGCGACAGGUCGCAUGACCACUGUUCUGAGGCGUACGUUCAGGAUUGUCUGCCAGAAGUAGAUGUAUAACGAUAAGAUAAGAUAAGAUAAGAUAAGAUGAAUCUACAGUAUCCAGAUGCUGGCCCAUUGGCAAUUGGUGUUUCACCAUAAACACACACACACACACACACACACACACACACACACACACACACACACACACACACACACACACACACACACACACACACACACACACACACACACACACACACACGACCAUAGUGAAUGAAGGCACGCUGUAGUUGUAUAAGUAAGUUGAUAAAUAUUUUUUGGUGCCAUAUUACUUUUGAUUUUGAUCGAGGGGCUUGGUUUAUAUUUUUUUCGAUCCACAAAAUUACCUUUCAAAUGCCAAUGUACCAUACGUAAUAUCAAUCCGUUUAAGCAUGUCUGAAUUAACUUUCUGAAAUCAGCUUUUAAUAAAAUUUUGGCACAUGAUCUCUCUUUGUAUUGCUUGUAUUUUGGAAAUAUAAUAUAUGAAUAACA